CCCACAUGAAGACAUCACGAAGCCUCCACAUCAUGUGCCACAUCCCAGUCUUCUGCUGGAUCACUGCUACAGUUCUGGAGGAUGUGUUGGAGAGCAGAGAGGGAGGAGAGCUGCCCAGAACCCUGACUGAGAUGUACAUCCACUUCCUGGUGGUUCAGACCAAAGUGAAGAAAGUCAAGUAUGAUGGAGGAGCUGAAACAGAUCCACACUGGAGUCCAGAGAGCAGGAAGAUGAUCAAGUCUCUGGGAAAACUGGCUUUUGAUCAGCUGCAGAAAGGAAACCUGAUCUUCUAUGAAUCAGACCUGACAGAGUGUGGCAUCGAUAUCAGAGCAGCCUCAGUGUACUCAGGAGUGUUCACACAGAUCUUUAAAGAGGAGAGAGGUCUGUACCAGGACAAGGUGUUCUGCUUCGUCCAUCUGAGUGUUCAGGAGUUUCUGGCUGCUCUUCAUGUUCAUCUGACCUUCAUCAACUCUGGUUGUGAUGUGAUGAAAGAAACACAAAUAUCUAAGAAAUCUUCAUUACCUAAUAAAUCUGACCUAAACUCUCUCCAUCAGAGAGCUAUUGACCAGGCCUUACGGAGUCCAAAUGGACACCUGGACUUGUUCCUCCGUUUCCUUCUGGGACUUUCACUGCAGACCAAUCAGAGACUCCUACAAGGUCUGCUGGCAACUACAAGAAGUAGAUCACAGACCAAUAAGGAAACAGUUCAGUACAUCAAGGAGAAGAUCAGUGAGAAUGUGUCUGCAGAGAAAAGCAUCAAUCUGUUCCACUGUCUGAAUGAACUGAAUGAGCGUUCUCUAGUGGAGGAGAUCCAACAGUCUCUGAGUUCAGGAAGUCUCUCUACAGAUAAACUGUCUCCUGCUCAGUGGUCAGCUCUGGGUUUCAUCUUAGUGUCAUCAAGAAAAGAUCUGGAUGUGUUUGACCUGAAGAAAUACUCUGCUUCAGAGAAGUUUCUUCUGAGGCUUCUGCCAGUGGUUAAAGCCUCCAACAAAGCUCUACUGAGUGUCUGUAACCUCUCAGAGAGAAGCUGUGAAGCUCUGUCCUCAGUUCUCAGCUCCCAGUCCUCCAGUCUCAGAGAACUGGACCUGAGUAACAACAACCUGCAGGAUUCAGGAGUGAAGCUUCUCUCUGCUGGACUGAAGAGUCCAAACUGCAACCUGGAAACUCUCAGUGGCUGUAACCUCUCAGAGAGAAGCUGUGAAGCUCUGUCCUCAGUUCUCAGCUCCCAGUCCUCCAGUCUCAGAGAACUGGACCUGAGUAACAACAACCUGCAGGAUUCAGGAGUGAAGCUUCUCUCUGCUGGACUGAAGAGUCCAAACUGCAACCUGGAAACUCUCAGCUUAUCAGGCUGUUUGGUCUCAGAGAAAGGCUGUGCUUCUCUGGCCUCAGCUCUGACCUCCAACCCCUCCCAUCUGAAAGAGUUGGACCUGAGCUACAAUCAUCCAGGAGACUCAGGAGUGAAGCUGCUGUCGGCUGGACUGAAGGAUCCACACUGGAGACUGGAAGCUCUCAGGGUGGAGCCUGCUGGAGGCCGAUUCUUGACUCCAGGUGCAGCAUCAGAUGAAGUGGACUGGGCCACACUGGGUCCAAUAGAGGUCCCUGCUAACUGA